AUGCCGAGGCCGGGGCCACGUCUACGCGGCCGGGUACCGACGCCCCCUUUGCGGCCUCCAAGCCCUGAUCGUGGCGCGAUCGGACAGACGGACGCGGGGACUGCACGCCGGGCGGGCGCGGCAGACUCGGCCGGGAGGCUGGGCCGCUGGGGACAGGGAGGGGGGAGGCGGGCUGUCUCCGCCUCGGGGCGGAGCUCGGAGCUGGCACCUGCGCGCAGCCCCGCCGGCCGGAGGGGUGGGACCGCGGGAGACCGAGGCCGGGGGAGACUGGGGGAGACCGGGGUCGCCCCUCCCUGGGAGGGACACCGAGGCUGGAGCCCCGGAGUUGCGCGGCCGGAAAGGAAGGGCGGUCACUGCCUCCGCGGCCGGCAAGGCGCGGCGUUCCCCGCCCAGUGCGGCGGGUCUCGGCCUCCCGGCCUCUCGUGCCCCACGCCGUGCUCUCUGCCAGAAACGCCGCCCCUCACCCACAUCCGAGCCCAGACACCCCCCGCCGCCCUUAGCCCAGAUCAUCAUGUCCCACGACCCGGGACUUUGCCCUCUGCGGUCUUGAUGGACUCACCAUUCACCACCCUGCCCCCAGCUUGGGCAAAGGCCGGGGACAAUGUCCGCCCUCCCGGCAAUCACCUUCGGCUGAGUUCGCAGUCCCGCAGCCCCGAGCUCGAGGCCCGCCUGCCCUACGUCCCGCCAGCCUCGGCCCCCAACCCCCACCCCACCUGCUCGGUCCUCAGCCUCUUUCAUUUCCCCAAAUGCCCUUCCUCCAUGGCCCGCCACUCGCGGCUGCCUCCUCUGCCCCAAGGCCACCCAGCCAUACUGGAGCUGCACCCGGGCUGCGUCCACUCGGUCGCGCCCUCCGCCCGCCCUCGCAGGGGUCUCACCUGGAGCCCGCGGCGCCUCAGGAGGCUGGACUCGUCCAUGGCCCGCUGGUCCGGCCGCCAGGCCCGCCCCCGGCCCCGCCCCGCCUGCCGGGCCCCGCCUCCUGGAGCCAUUGGCCCCGCCGGUCAGCUGAUGCGUUUCAUUAGCCCUAGGAAGGGCUGUGACAUUUUACUUUUUUUUUUUUUUUUGUCUUUUUUCUUGCUCAGCUUCAACGUGUUCCGGGGCAGGGACGGAGUGGCUGGGGCCCGCUGGCAGUGGCGCAGGGGCUCCCCUAGGGCUGCAGGCAUCUGCUUGGAUCUGAUGGGGUGGCCGGUGGCCAGGCUGGCCCCCCUCUUCCUCCUCCUGAUGUCCAGGCAGGGUGCUGCCUGCAGAACCAGUGGGUGCUGUUUUCAGGACCCUCCAUAUCCGGAUGCUGACUCAGGCUCAGUCUCGGGCCCCAGGGACCUGAGCUGCUAUCGGAUAUCCAGUGCCAAUUACGAGUGCUCCUGGCGGUAUGAGGGCCCCAUGGCUGGGGUCAGCCACAUCCUGAGGUGCUGCCUUAGCUCUGGACGCUGCUGCUACCUCACUGCAGGCUCGGCCACCAGGCUGCAGUUCUCUGACCAGGAUGGCGUGUCUGUGCUCCGCACUGUCACACUCUGGGUGGAAUCCCGGGCUGCAAACCGGACGGAGAAGUCACCUGAGGUCACCCUGCAGCUCUACAGCUUGGUUAAAUAUAAUCCUCCCCUGGGAGACAUCAAAGUGUCCAGGUCAGCGGGGCAGCUGCGGAUGGAGUGGGAGACCCCAGACCACCAGCACGGUGCUGAGGUGCAGUUCCGGCACCGGACACCCAGCAGCCCAUGGAAGUCGGGUGUCUGCAGACCUCAGGAUGAUACUGACUUAGAAUCCUGCCUCUGCCCCAUGGAGAUGAAUGUGGCCCAGGAAUUCCAGCUACGACGGCGGCAGCAGCUCAGGCCGGGGACCCCGGGAGGUCCUUGGAGCAGCUGGAGCAGCCCUGUGUGCGUCCCCCCUGAAACCCUCCCACAGCCCGAGGUGAAGUUCUUGGUGGAGCCCCUGGGCCAGGAUGGGAGAAGGAAGCUCACCCUGCAUGGGCAGCCACCUCAGCUCGAGCUUCCAGAAGGCUGCCACGGGCCCUCACCUGACGUGAAGGUGACCUACCGCGUCCAACUGCACAUGCUGUCCUGCCUGUGUAAGACCAACGCCAAGAGGACCCUGCGCCUGGGGAAAAUCCUCUUCCUCUCGGGUGCUGCCUAUGAUGUGACUGUCAUCUCCUGGAAUCGCUUUGGCCCCGGCCCCAACCAGACGUGGCACAUUCCUGCCUAUGCCCACACAGAACCAGGGAUGCUCAAUAUCAGCAUUGGAGCCAAUGGGACCACCAUGCGUUGGCCAGCCCGGGCUCAGGGCACAACGUACUGCAUUGAGUGGCAGCCCCAGGGCCAGGAUGGGAGCCUUGUCAGCUGCACCUUGACUGCGCCCCAAAACCAGGACCCAGCUGGAAUGGCAACCCACAGCUGGAGCCGAGCAUCUGGGGUGAUAGGGCAGGAGGAGUGUUACCGCAUCACCAUCUUCGCCUCCGCACACCCAGAGAAGCCCACCUCAUGGUCUACGGUCCUGUCCACCUACCACUUUGGGGGCAAUGCCUCAGUGGCGGGGACCCCACACCAUGUCUCGGUGAAGAAUCACAGCCUGAACUCGGUGUCUGUGGACUGGAUGCCGUCCCCGCUGAGUGCCUGUCCUGGUGUCCUGAAGGAAUAUGUCGUGCGCUGUCGAGAUGAGGACAGCAACCAGGUGUCAGAGAGCACCGUGAAACCCACAGAGACCCGAGUCACCCUCCACGGUUUGCGUGCGGGCGCAGCCUACACGGUACAGGUGCGAGCGGACACUGCAGGGACGCGCGGUGCCUGGAGCCAGCCCCAGCGCUUCAGCAUUGAAGUCCAGGUCUCCUAUUUGUCCAUCCUCCUUGCGUCUCUGGGGAGCUUCGUGAGCAUCCUUCUCCUGGGCAUUCUUGGGUACCUCGCCGUGAACAGGGCUGCACGGCGCCUGUGCCCGCCCCUGCCCACACCCCGCGCUAGCUCUGCCAUCGAGUUCCCCAGCAGCCAGGGGAAGCAGACUUGGCAGUGGACCAGUCCCACCGACUUCCUGGAAGAGGUGUCCCCGCAAGAGGCCCUGGUGGUGGAGAUGUCCUGGAACAAAGACAAGGGGACCGAGACUUUCACGGAGAAGAAAGAGCUGCCCUGGGGCAUCUCUGAGCCGGCCCUGGAUACAGAGCUGUCCUUAGAGGACAAGAGACAGGUGCAAGGACACUCUGAGGCCAAGGUCCUAGGGUCUGAGCCCCCCACGCACCCUGAAUCACCUUCUUCUUGUCGGCACCGCCCGACGCCCAGCAUCCUGCUCCCCAACACCGCCUGA